GGUUUUCGGGAACCGGGGACGAGUCCUUAGUUUGACAGAUGACAGUUACUCUGCAUGACUGAUUCGAUGAAGUUUUUGUAAAGCUUAGAGAUUGCUCCUUUUAUCAAACGUCGUUUUCUCUUCAAUUCUAAUAAUGGUCCAGAAACUGAAAGCUGAAGGUUUUGACCAAUUCCAAACUGUUGUCAAUGAGGUUGAAAACAAGAACCCAAAUGGGGAAGUUUUUAUUCUGUUUUCAGGUUCCAAAGAUACAACAGUUUUCCUGGUAUUUGUAGGUCAGAGCUGGUGUCCUGAUUGUGUUGAAGCUGAGCCCGUAAUAGAGAAAGCUUUAGAAAGUGCCCCAGAAGAUGCAACUUUCAUAUAUGUUGGUGUUGGUGAUAGAUCCUUUUGGAAGGAUCCUAACUGUGUUUUUAGACUUGACAGCAAAAUCAAACUAACAUGUAUCCCAACAUUAAUUAAAUGGGGAACAAACAAGAGGCUACUUGACUACCAAUGCAACAACCUUGAUACUGUUCUUAUGAUGUUUGAAGAUUAACAUCCAUUCAAAUCAAACUUAUUCAACACUUGUAUUUUUGGUUUGAUUUCUGAUUUGGUUUAUGGUACUGGGUUUGGUGCAAAGAUUGUAUGUGUUGCAUUAAAGAUAUGGUAUUGAACUAG